AUGGCUCUCUACUCGUCGCUCAAGAUCUUCGGAUUGGUACCCUUCUUCCUCUGCAGCCUCCUCACGCUCGCAUUCCGCCACGAAGACGUCCAUCAAUCACCCGACAGCAGAGACCACAUCCUCCUCUUCUCGCGCGGCAGCGCCAUCGUCUCGCUCAGCUGCUACCUCAUCUUCCACCUCUUCCUCAACAUCACCCACGCGCCGCUCGUCUCCACCGCGCCGCCGACUUCCACAGUAGCAGCACCACCACCUCCUCCUCCUCCCUCAACCCGUCCUCCCCCACUCCUCCCCUUCCUCGCAACCCUCCUCACCACAAUCCUCACAUCCCGCAACCUCGUCCACGCCCUAGCCCUCCUCCCCGCUUCGCCAUCGUCAUCGCCGCCUCCACUUCCACCCGCGAUGCUCGCCCCCGCACCCCUCUACGCCAUCCUCCUCCCCAUCGCGCUCAACCACCACGAACUCCUCGCCGCCGUCCGCGCCGCACACCUACCGCAGCUGCGCCAACACAGCCCGCACCACAUCCUCGCCGUGCUGACCGAAGCGCCGACGGUGCACGCGACGCUGUUCCUCGUCCCGGCGCUGGUGCUGCUGGGUUGGAUGAGCGGCGGUGGGCGGGACGUUGGUAUGGAGAUUGGCGGAGGAGGACGGGGAGGAGGAGAAGGACGAGAAGGAGGAAGGGGAGGAGGAAGGAGUGCUUCCUCGGCGAGGAUGGCGGUGGUGCUGUUGCUGUUGUGCGGGCUGGGAGCUUGGCUGGACAGCGUCGUGGCGGCUGGGCGGCGCGGGGGCCGGUUGCUGGUGUUGAAGGGGUGGGUGCUGGUUUCGUUGUAA